ACAGCCGAGGGAACAGCAGGAAAGCAUGUGCAGGACUGGCACAGGAAUGGGGUUACUACUCAAACUGUAAUCUUUUGAAAACCAAACAUCCAGUGCACUGUUGAUGAAUGUGUUUCAGCUUCUGAGGGCAAUGUGCUGGGUAUGUUCAUUUCUCUUUGUAAACACACCGGACUUCUGCAGUUCAACGUUGGAGAAUAAGUUCUAUGUUUACGCGGGUCCAGAGGAAUGCCAUGGCUGAUGUUGAGUUGGGCCGCGAGGGGCGGAAGAAGGCAGCAAAGGGAAAAUUUGGUGGAUCAUAAAGGGUUUUGACAAAGAAAACUAUCGGGAAACCAGCCAUGGUGUUUCUGCUCGCAUCCAUAACUGUGCUGCAUUUGGUGAGCCUGGCCAUGCUCCUCAUCGCUACCCUGGAGAAGUCCUGGUGGGUGUGGGCAGAGUCGGAGAUAACUGACCUUUGGCAUAACUGUGUGUAUGAUAAUGCCUCGGAAACCUGGUUGUGUGCUGCCACCACUGAAGGCGACUGGCUGCAGUCUGUCCAGGCCCUCAUGGUCCUCUCUGUUGUCUUCUGCUCCAUCUCCUUCCUGGUCUUUCUGGUUCAGCUGUUCACCUUAGCCAGAGGAAGUCUCUUCUACUUUACAGGCUUCUGCCAGGCCUUUGCAGGGUUCGCAGACUUUGCUGCUUGUCUCAUCUUCACCUUCCACAGAGAGGAGAUUUUAAGUGACUCAAGAGAUCUAAGCAAAGGACACUUCGGCUACUGUUUCAUAAUUGCGUGGAUGUGUGUCCCUCUUCUUCUUGUUAGUGCAGUGAUGUAUGUCCACCUGCGCAAAAAACAGUAAAGCAAUAAAAGAAUGUGUGUUGGUCAUGGAGUUAUCCUCUUCCUUCCCUUCAGCCAUGUAGCAGUUAACAAAUGGCAUGUAUGGUUAAUUGGACUCCAGAUUGAGGAAAAAUAAAAUGUCUCAGUCUUAUGUCAGUAUCAAAUUGUAAUAAACUGUAACACAGAAACAACUCAAGAGGACUAAAAGCUUUGAACAGUUGUGCCGUUUGGUGUGCACAAAGAAUUGUUAUAGAGGCAUUACCUAAUAAAUAGAAAAGCUGUGUUAAGUCUUUCUUUGUUAUCGUGGAGCAGAGUUUGGAUGGUUUUAUUUGUAUUUGAAAAAAAACAAAAAAAAACAUAGAUAAUAGCCACAUGUCAGAUCUACUAAAGA